AUGGCGUACAAGUGGGACGACGACAAUGAUCAAGUGCAGCUCUACAAUGGCACGACAUACAGCACGAUGAGCAAGUCAUCGCUCAUCGAUGAGCUCAAGAAACAAAAGUUCGACGGCAAGUGUCGAUACAUCAAAGUGGAGGCAGCCAAGAAGAGGAAGAGCAAGAAGCCCAUCAAGACGCUGGAGGAGACAUGGCUGGACUUCAUCAAAGACGCCAACGCGCUCAAAGAAGGUACCGGUACCUUUAAUGGCGUCAUCGACUUGUACUUUACAGGAUCAAACAUUAACAAGGCCCUCAACCUAUUCAGCAAGUACAACAAGCAUGUCAUUCCAGAUAUCAUCGAACAGGAGGAGGCCAAGUGGAUAUCCAAGGCAUCGAAUGGACCAUUGAGGUUUGCCGACACAUACACUGGCCCUCUCUACAAGUACGACGUCUCUGGCAUGUACGCCGCCAUCAUGAAGAGCAGCACAUUCUCAGUACCCAUCAAGAAAGGCGAGUUCCAUCAACUGACUGAUGAGGAGCUCAGCGCCAAGUCUCGCUUCCCCUUUGGCAUCUACAGGGCAAUCAUUAAAGGGGUUCGCGACUAA